AUGUUAACUCACACGGGAGAGAAACCGUUUAAGUGUUCCCUGUGCACAUAUUCAUGUACUCGGAAGGAUCAUCUAAGAAGACAUAUGUUAACUCAUACAGGCGAGAAACCGUUUAAGUGUUCCCUGUGCACCUAUUCAUGUACUCAGAAGGAGCGUCUAAGAAUACAUAUGUUAACUCAUACAGGCGAGAAACCAUUUAAGUGUUUCCUGUGCAGCCAUUCAUAUACUCGGAAGGAGCAUCUAAGAAGACAUAUGUUAACUCAUACAGGCGAGAAACCAUUUAAGUGUUCCUUGUGUGACUAUGGAUGUAUUGUGAAAAGUAAUGUACAGAGGCAUAUGUUAACUCACACGGGAGAGAAACCGUUUAAGUGUCCCUUGUGCGACUAUAGAAAUAUUUUGAAAAGUUAUGUACAGAAGCAUAUGUUAACUCACACCGGUGAGAAACCAUUUAAGUGUUCCUUGUGUGAUUAUGGAAGUAUUGUGAAAAGUAAUUUACAGAGGCAUAUGUUAACUCACAAAUGUGAGAAUCCAUUUAAGUGUUCCCUAUGCAUCUAUUCAUGCACUCAGAGGAUGUGUCUAAAAAGUCAUAUGUUAACUCACCAUGUGAGUUAACAUUCGGUGCAUCUGUUAAUGUGCUCAUAAGGCACAUCUAAAUAAUCAUGUUAAGGACUGCCUUUGCAGCUAUAAGUAUACUUCAAGUUCGGGCUUAACCCUUUCACUACAAAUAUUUUUAAAUUUUGUUAUAAUCUUGUUCCUUUUAUUAAAUUAUAGCAUGUAAUUUUUUUAAAUUUUUUAUUUUAAUAUUUACUAUUUUUAUGACCUUUUUUAAAAUGGAACACAUAUGUCCCAGUGGUAUUUAAUAAUGGGACAUAUUUGUCCCAGUGGUAUAGGUAAAUAAUAAUCACUGUUUUGCAAAAUAUAAGUUUAUUAUUGUUUUGUGCAAAACAUUGUUAAUAUUACAAAAUUAA